CUCGUGAUUCUCGUUCCCUCUCCCAUUAGAUGGAGGCUAAUUUAGGCCAUAACAAAGUGUGAAAAAAAAUCAAAGAAAGAAACGAAUAUGAGUGGCUAAUUGUGUAUUAGGUGAACGCUAUUCUAUCAUUGUGGCUAAAUAAAUAUUUUUUUUUGGGUUUUGCAAGUGCAUGCAGUCUGCUGGGUAGUAAAUUUUUUAACCAACUCAGAACUCUCCACUAUAUAAAGGCAUCAAGGCCAAAGGUUUUUCUUCACCACUUAGAGCCUUUCCAACAUUAUCCCUUGGGUGUAUGCAAAAUAUACUUUCGGGGUUUCUGGGUGUUGCUCGAAGUAUUUAUAUAAAGAGAUGGGUCUGAGUGGUAAGAUGGUAAGGGAGGUAGAGAUCAAGUCGGAUGGAGAUGUGUUCCAUGAGAUCUUUCGAUACAGACCGCAUCAUCUGUCGACGAUGUCGCCUGGUAACAUUCAGAAUGUUGAUUUGCACGAAGGCGAUUGGGGGACGGUUGGUUCUAUCAUCUUCUUGAAUUACACUCAUGAUGGGAAGGAGAAGACUGCUAAGGAGGUUAUUGAGGCAAUAGAUGAGGAAAAGAAGUUGGUGAGAUUCAAGGUUGUUGAAGGAGAUCUCCUGCAGCUGUACAAGACCUUCACACUCACUGUUCAUGUGGACACAAAGGGGGAAAACAAUUUGGUGACAUGGACCCUUGAAUAUGAGAAGCUGAAUGGAGAUGUUGAAGAUCCCACCACACUCAUGGACGUGUGUAUUGUGGUCACCAAAGACAUCGAGACCCACCAUCUCAAGUAAUGCCACUUAUAUAUAUAUAUAUAUAUAUGAAUUGAAGGUCAUGAUUUAGUCCGGGGAUUGGUCGGGAUGUGCAAAAAGAAAUUUAAGAAAAAUACAUAAAUAGAUCAUGAUCUUAGCUUUCUUUGUGUGGUGUUAUGUGCUUCUGUGGUGGUCGACGUAACCACUUAAUAAUGGAUUGUGUAUGUUAUAGUAAGAGUGUGGUGAGGGAUGUCAAAUUUGCACUGAUGGCAAAAUACCUACAAGUUAAUGUUUAGUUUCAUUAUUAUAAAGCCACAUAUGUUUGUGUAGUAUUGUCCUUGGCGAAUGUUAUACAAUGGUACUGUAAUGCCUUCUUUUUAUAAAUGUCAUGUUCUUUUAUGAUA